AGGAGAGCGAGAUAGAGCGGGAGAGAGGUAUUGAGAAAGAGAGUGGAGUAGAUUUUAAUCCUUUUGGCAUGUGAGUGUAUGCCUGGCUCUGAGUGCAGUCAUUGCGAGCAGCACUACUGUGUGCGUAAGACUGUUUGUGUGUGUGUGUGUGUGUGAGAGAGAGAGAGAGAGAGAGAGAGAGAGAGAGAGAGAGAGAGAGAGAGAAAGAGAGAGAGAGAGGACAGUUGUCUUGGUGACGUGGGAGCUUUGAAGAGUGGAAUGUGUCACAGUUAAGCAGGUGGACAGGAGUACCUCUACCAUGCUGGGAAAGGAUUACAUGCUGGCUAUCAUCAUAGUCAACUAUGAGGACAGCCUGUGGAGUGACCAGAGUGUGGAUCUGGACGGUGACUUGCCGUCUGGCUGGCGCACCAUCAGAGACAGCCUGGGCACCUACUACUGGCACGUCCCCACUGGCGCCACCCAGUGGCAGCAUCCCUCCUACAGUGCUGAGGAGGACAGCACCCUCACCGCCUCACACAGCAAGACCCAGAUUGUAGAUGUUGAUGGAAGACGAGGGUCCAGACCUAGGAUAACGGAGAGUCCCUCCACCUCUAUCAACAACAGGCUCUCUUGGCAGGAUGAUUAUUUCUCUGCCAACAUGGAUCCAGAUUCCAAGUGCUUCGCUGUGCGCUCUUUGGGCUGGGUAGAGAUUCCAGAGGAAGAACUGACUCCUGGGAAAAGUAGUCUUGCUGUCAACAACUGCAUCCAGCAGCUUUCCCACAACAAGGCUGAGGACCACGACGUGCUGGGGGCCUGGGGGGAGGGUCAGGACAUGAUGAUGGUUCUGAAGAAGGACACCUUGAGCCUGAUGGACCCCAUAGACCACACCCUCAUCCACUGCCAGCCAAUCAUGAGCAUCCGUGUUUGGGGCGUGGGCUGCAACAAUGGCAGGGACUUUGCGUUCGUGGCUAGUGAUAAAGACACCUGCAUGCUCAAGUGUCAUGUGUUCCGUUGCAACGCUCCAGCCAAGGCCAUCGCCACCGCACUGCACCAGAUGUGCUCAAAGAUUAUGUCUGAGAAGGCAUCACUCCACCCAUCCAUGGCCCGCUCUGUCACCAUGGAGAGCAUCUCCCCCGAGGACCUCCCACGCCAAGUGGACUUCCUGGAUGCCGUCAGACAGAGGGUGCAGAAGUUUGAUGUCCAGUACGUCGGUAACCUGCCUGUCAGCAGGGCCAUGGGUAUGGAGGUUCUGAACAGGGCCAUAGAGAGCAUCAUGAAUACCACAGACGGGGAUGAGUGGGAGCCCAUCGUCCUCCAUGUGACUGACAAGGUGCUGUCCCUGUGGAAAGGAGAGGAUAAGGAUGAGUCCUUCUGGGAGUCUGAGGUGCGAUACCUCACCUUCCUGGGCGUUGGCCAUGACACCCACACCUUUGCCGUCAUCGUGGACGCUGGCACACAGGGCUUCGAAUGCCACGUGUUCUGGUGUGAACCGGACGCCGGCAUCAUCUCUGAGGCUGUGCAGGCCGCAUGCAUGGUCCAGUACCAAAAGUGCUUGGUGGCCCAGACUCCACCCCCCAGGUCAAAGAUGUGGCGAGCGGGUUCAAAGGUCAAGCGGGCCAACUCCAUGGAUGGCUCCACCUUCCCGCCACGCCAGCUGGGACAAGGCCCCUCCAAGGCAGGCUCUGCCCCCAGUGUCAAGAAGGGCAUGCUGGCGUUCUUCGAAACCUUCCGGAACAAACAGUCAACUGUGUCCGCCCCAUAA